AUGAGCCCCUCUUUGCAACCCUCCCCCGUCUCUCAGCUGCCACAGACCAUCGACAAUGGUCGGCUAGUCCUGCAAGACAUGCUCGGCUUGGGAGCCUAUGGUUCGGUCUACAGGGCCAUUGACACUCAAACUGGGCAAAGCUAUGCUGUCAAGAGCCUCAACAAGACAGGACUCGACUCUCGACAACGUGCGUUCCAAAACCAUGAGGCAAAACUACACGCCACCGUCUCUGGCCACCCCAAUAUUGCCACACUACACAAAGUUAUCGAGGAGGAAAAUUGCCUCCACAUGGUCCUAGACUGUGGGACAGAAGGUGACCUUUUCUACACCAUCACAGAGCGAGGCGAAUUUAUUGGCAACAGCAGCGCUAUCAAGUUGAUCUUCAGUCAGAUCGCCAGCGCUGUUAUGCAUUGCCAUACAAAAGGUGUAUAUCACCGGGACCUCAAGCCGGAAAACAUCAUCAUGUUCGGCCCAUCUGUCAAACUCGUAGACUUUGGUCUUGCGACAGUAGAACAGACGUCUAAUGACUUUGGCUGUGGUUCGACCUUUUACUUGUCACCAGAAUGUCAAGGCGGUUAUAUCGAGGCCGUCAAGUCGUACGAUAGCGCAGCCAACGAUGUCUGGAGCCUCGGUGUUAUUCUCAUUAAUCUGGUCUUUGGCCGGAAUCCAUGGAAGCAGGCCUGUCCCCGAGACGAGACCUUCGCGGCCUACGUGGCCAACAACGACUUUUUGCAGACCAUUUUGCCCAUAUCUGUGGAGCUGAAUGGGAUCAUCAAGUCUGUGUUCUGCCUCAACCCCAAAAAACGCAUCACCCUGCCGGAGUUGGUGAGGCGCGUGCAAGCCUGUGGCUCCUUUACCACGCCCGAGUCCUAUGCUUCCUCGCCCAGUGCCACUACAACUGUCGAUGCAGCAGCAGCAGCAACAGUAGUGCAUACAGCGAGCCAUCGUCGUGGAGAUGAGAAGCUGUACAACAACGGCGACAAGGAAGACUCUGGCGUUGACCUGCGAUCGCUAGCAUGA